AUGAAGCUCCCUCGCACGAUUCGGUCACUAUCAAGCUCACAUUUUCGCCAUAGCUGUAGAAAUGUGAGCUCUGUGAUCGUUUCAGCUCAAAAAGACAUUGGAGCCAGUGAAGAUUUGCAAUUCGUCGACGCCAUCAAAAGAAUCGUGCAGGGGAAACGGAGCUGGGAGAUCGCAUUGAGCAGGGAGCUCGUCUCGAGGAGUUUGAAGCCUGGUCAUGUUGAAGAGAUUCUGAUCGGAACCCUAGAUGAUCCCAAAUUGGGUCUGAGGUUUUUCAAUUUCCUCGGUUUGCACAGAGGAUUCGACCACUCAACGGCGUCCUUCUGCAUCUUGAUCCAUGCGUUGGCCAAGGCCAAUCUCUUCUGGCCUGCUUCAUCUCUCUUGCAGACGCUUCUGCUUCGUCCCCUGAAGCCAAUUGAGGUUUUUGAUGCGCUUUUUAGCUGUUACGAAAAAUGUAGGCUUAGUUCAAGCUCGAGUUUUGAUUUAUUGAUUCAGCAUUAUGUACGAAGUAGGAGAGCUUUAGAUGGCGUUUUGGUGUUUAGGAUGAUGACGAAAAUUGGUUUACUUCCUGAAGUGAGAACUUUGAGUGCUCUGUUACAUGGGUUAGCUAAUUUUAGGCAUUUUGGUUUGGCGUUGGAGUUGUUUGACGAUAUGAUCAGUGUUGGCGUUCGUCCUGAUGUGUACAUUUGCACUGGAGUGAUACAUAGCUUGUGUGAGCUGAAAGAUCUCUCUCGAGCUAAAGAAAUGAUUGUACGUAUGGAGGCAAGUGGGUGUGAUGUGAAUAUAGUUCCGUAUAACGUGUUGAUAAAUGGGCUAUGUAAGAGGCAGAAAGUCUGGGAGGCUCUUGAGGUAAAGAAGAAUUUAGCUGCAAAAGAGCUGAAACCAGAUGCUGUGACAUACUGUACAUUAAUUUGCGGGUUAUGUAAAGUGCAAGAGUUUGAGGUCGGAUUAGAGAUGAUGGAUGAGAUGUUAUGUUUGAGAUUCAGUCCUAGUGAAGCUGCAGUUUCAAGCUUGGUGAAGGGAUUAAGGAAGAAGGGAAAGAUUGAAGAAGCGCUUAGCUUGGUUAAAAGAGUAGCAGAAACUGGUGUGUCGCCUAGUCUUUUCGAGUAUAAUGCAUUGCUUGACUCGUUAUGCAAAAGUAGAAAGUUUGAUGAAGCUGAGUUGCUAUUUGAUGGGAUGGGGAAAAUCUGGCUGUGUCCGAAUGAGGUGACCUAUUCGAUUAUGAUAGAUAUGUUUUGCAGAAGAGGGAAACUGGACACUGCACUUAGUUUAAUGGGGAAAAUGAUUGAUGCAGGCUUGAAACCGACUGUUUAUCCAUACAAUUCUUUGAUCAACGGGCACUGCAAGUUUGGUGACAUUAGUGCAGCGGAGAGUUUCAUGGCGGAGAUGAUUAGUAAAAAGCUGGAGCCGACAGUGGUAACAUACACAUCACUGAUGGGUGGAUAUUGCAGCAAACGGGAAAUGGACAAGGCUCUUAGGCUCUAUCACGAGAUGACAGGGAAAGGUAUUCUACCGAGUAUCUACACAUUCACCACGCUUAUCUCCGGUCUUUUUCGUGGUGGGAUGAUUGCUGAUGCAGUAAAACUAUUCGACGAGAUGGCGAAAUGGAAUAUUAAGCCAAACAGAGUGACUUACAAUGUCAUGAUUGAAGGUUAUUGCAAGGAAGGAGACAUGGCUAAAGCCUUGUUGUUGCAGAAUGAGAUGGUAAAGAAAGGUAUUGCACCGGAUACAUACACCUAUAGAUCGUUGAUACACGGACUAUGUUUCAGUGGUCGAGCAUCGGAAGCCAAAGAGUUUGUGGAUGGCCUUCACAAGGAUAACCAUGAGCUGAAUGAGAUAUGUUAUACCGCACUCUUACACGGGUUUUGCAGAGAAGGGAGAUUGGAGGAAGCGUUAAGCGUUUGUCAGGAGAUGGUACAAAGAGGGGUGGAUUUGGACCUUGUGUGCUAUGGCGUUCUUGUGGAUGGAAGUUUAAAGCACAAAGAUCGAAAGAUGUUUCUUGGAGUUUUAAAGGAGAUGCAUGAGAGAGGACUCAAGCCUGAUGAUGUGAUGUACACAAGUAUGAUUGACGCAAAGAGCAAAACCGGAGAUUUCGAGGAAGCAUUUGGGAUAUGGGAUUUGAUGAUAGCCGAAGGGUGUGUGCCUAAUGAAGUCACUUACACUGCUGUUAUCAACGGACUAUGCAAAGCCGGGUUUGUGAAUGAAGCUGAGGUCUUAUGCUCGAAAAUGCUCUCUGGCAAUUCGGUUCCUAACCAAGUAACAUACGGUUGCUUUCUCGACGUUCUCACCAAAGGAGAAGGAGACAUGCAGAGAGCUGUGGAGCUCCAUGACGCGAUACUGAAAGGGCUUUUAGCUAACACAGCUACGUACAAUAUGUUGAUCCGCGGAUUCUGUAGACAAGGGAGAGUGAAUGAAGCUUCUGAGCUUGUAACGAGGAUGACAGGGAAUGGUGUUUCUCCGGAUUGUAUAACGUACACGACGAUGAUCUAUGAGCUUUGCAGGAAGAAGGAUGUGAAGAAAGCGAUUGAGUUAUGGAACUCGAUGACUGCAAAAGGCGUAAGGCCUGAUAGAGUUGCGUAUAACACCUUGAUACAUGGGUGCUGUGUGUCCGGAGAAAUGGAGAAGGCGGUUGAGUUGAGGAGUGAGAUGUUGAGACAAGGCUUGAAGCCUCACUCCAUAGUUUAA